AUGAAGUCUCUUUCGAUCUUCUCGAGCUUGGUUCUGCUUACUGCUCUCGCUACUUGUCUUCCGCAUCAACACCUCAAUGAGCGCAACUUAGAGUUCAGUGCCGUUGAAGCGGUUGCUGAUUUGUUCAAUCGGGAUACCGACGCUAAGUCAUCUGAUGCUACAGAACCUAAGGGGACUCAAGCACCUGCAACACAACGGCCCCAGACUCAAGCUCCAGCGACCCAGCGACCACAAACGCAGAGCGCACCGCGGUCUACGGACCGACCGCAAAGCACAGCACCUCGGCAGACAUAUACUCAACCUCGAGAGACACAGACUGCCCCUCGCCAAACCGUCACGCAGCCUCGUGAGACUCAAACCCAACCCCGGGAAACGCAAACCCAACCUCGAGAUACGCAAACCCGUACUGAGCCCCAUCAAACUCAAACCCAACCCCGGGAAACUCAAACACGACCCCGGGAAACCCAAACCCAGCCUCGGGAAACUCAGACACACAUUCACGGAACCCCAAAGCAGCAACCCUCGAGAUACGCGGACGAAUCCUCGACAAACAUUUACACCACCUACCCAGUCUUAUACCCAGCCUCAGCAGACUUACACCCCUCCUUUCAGGACCACUAACUACAAUCCUCCUCCACCUUUCUCUACGACAUAUACAUCAGUAUAUUUCCCAAACCCACCCCAACACACGACUCAUCAUCGAUCAGAGAAUAGCUACACCACUAUCUAUAUCAGUGUUGGAAACCCUACAACAUAUGUUCAGCCAAUCUUUGUCCAGCCAACAUACUACUGGCCACCUCCUACCAUCACACUUGCGCCGGAGCCAGUGACUUAUACGACGGUCUAUGUCUACCCAGACACGGACUCCGAUCUUCAGACAUAUUAUUCAACAGUAACUACAUAUGUCGUACCAAGCCAAGAGACGUCGACAACGUAUGUGUAUCAGACAUACGUGCCACCACCGGCAACAACAGCUCAACGACCAGGUGCCGAGCCUACCGCAGGCGUCAACCCAUGGGCCGGUUCAUGUCCAGUAGCGUCAGACUUUAUUGUCCACAACUUCGUCUCGAACAGCGGUGGAGUUUCCUUGAGCAUUUCCUACAAUGGAGGAACGUUCAAUUGCCCGAACACACCCACUAACGAAGUCACCUACAAUGGCAUGAAUGACAUGUAUUGCGACGACGACGGACUCGUGAGAGUUAUCACCGAUGGUGCAACCUGGCUCUGGAUCUCAGAGUGGUCUUGGUGUAGUGCUGUCCCUGCAACUGCUGGAAAUAUGCCGACUCUCGAGGCUGCAACCAAUUAUACCAAUUUUGGCUAUUAUGCACUUGACUGUACAACUGGCUCUACAGGCAUACAAAGCUGCACGCAAGCAGUUCAAAACUUCGCCAUUCCAGUCGUAUCUUUCGGUCUAGGUGGAGCCAUCGGUUUCGAGCCUCUCGAUAUCAACGGCAAUUACCUUCCAGGUUGUCCUUCUGUGACUAAUACUCAACCAAUCGUUACCAACACCGCGACAUGUUCGGCUGUUCAAACGCAGACUACGGGGCUCACUACUGUUACUAUUAUAUCUUAGCAUGCGCAGAUAGAAGGCUCCGGGUGUGAUUUCGAAGAGAGAAUUGGACGGACUUGACAUUGGCAGGCUCAAUUGACAUCUUGGCAUGACCCCGCUCUAAGGCUACGCAUUACGGCUUUUGAUUUGAUUCUUCUGCUUCUUCUGGAUAUAUUCAGGGUUUGAUUUCAAAUGGAGGAUCAAAGAUUUUUGAUGGACAUGUAUCCUCAUCUACCAAUUUCUCUUUGGUAUUAUCAAUGCUUCUUGUUGAGUUCCGGUCAGACUCACCUACAGCUUAAAGCAGCUUCAUUACUUAUUAAGUUUGGACUAUAGAAAUCAACGAGCUAUUCGGAAAGACUUGUUCAAGUUACAGGAAUAGAGCGAUAGAACC